AUGGCUGUGCCGAUCAAGGAUGCGGCCAACGCAGUGCCAGGAUACCCCGCACGAGCUUUUGGAGCCUCCGCUCCUGCGGCCUAUGCCAACCCACAACAACCCGCCUCUUCUCCUGCGGCCUAUGCCAACCCACAACAACCUGCGGCAGAGCGUCCUGUCACAGCGCCCCUCAGUGAACAACAAAUCAAGCGGCUGACCGAUCAAGGGUUCUCUCGAGGGCUUGCACAGUCUCUGAAUGACGCAAAGAAGUCGUUCAGCAAAAGGAUAUGGAUCGUGGAUAACAGCGGCUCUAUGCAGACUUGCGACGGUCACCGCAUGGCUGAAACCAGGAACCGCAAGACGAUCAAAAUGAUCGAGUGCUCCCGGUGGGAGGAAAUCCAAGAAUGCGUCAAGUAUCACACGCAACUGUCUGGUCUGUUGGAAGCCCCUACAAGCUUUCGUCUCUUGAACGACCCCGGCGCCGCUGUUGGACCCCAGCAAUUCCACGUGGCUACUGGCAGCGUGGAGAGCAUCCCCGGUGACGUGCAGAAUGGGCUUCGAAUCAUGCAACGGGCGCGUCCUGGAGGUUGCACGCCAUUGACACAACACAUCCUGGAGAUCCACCGCGAGGUUUCUGCCAUGGCACCCACUCUUCGGGCCAACGGGCAGAGGGUGACCAUUCAGAUUGCAACCGAUGGCCUUCCAUCAGACUUGCGUGGAUAUUCCCGUCAAGAACACCGCGAUGAAUUCGUAGAGGCCCUCAGGAGCCUAGAAGGUCUUCCGGUCUGGGUGGUUGUCCGUCUUUGCACGGACGAAGAGGAUGUGGUCAACUUUUACAAUGAGCUAGACUCGGUUCUAGAGCUUUCUAUGGAAGUAUUGGACGACUUUGUCGGUGAGGCAGAAGAAGUGCAUGAACACAACCCGUGGCUCAACUAUGCUUUGCCCAUUCACCGUAUGCGGGAGAUGGGCUAUCAUGAUCGUGUCUUUGACAUGUUGGAUGAGAGAAAGCUCACGAAGAGCGAGCUCCGUGACUUCUGCUACCUGCUCUUCGGAGAAGGCAGCAUGGAUGGUGUGGCUGAUCCCAACGUGGAAUGGCAUGAGUUUUGCAAAGACAUGGAUAGACUCUUGCGAAAAGAGGAACAGCAAUGGGAUCCCAUCAAGAAACGCAUGAAGCCAUGGGUCGAUCUUCACACACUCAAUUACAUGUAUGGUGAUGGUUCUGCAUGCGCCAUUCUGUAAUGCACCAUUCUGUCAAGGAGUGUCGUGGGCCCUUUCUGUCCCUGUGUUCUGGCUUGCAUCAAUCAAAGUCUUCUAUCAAUAACUAUAGAUCAAGAGCCCUUAUUAACAACUUUACCCCCAUAUGCAUCCCGCCCGUAUCAAUAAUAGAACCUACACCUGUGUGUCGGUUUAGAAACGCUGCCUUUAAUUACCGUAGAAAUGAGCGAGCGUUGUUGUGAUCGCUCCCAUUUGCACGAAAGGGCCAUUCAAAGGAGCAAGCAAACAUGCUUGGAGAGAUCCACUCUGACUUCCGGCUCACCUUUGCGGUGCGAUAUCUGAAAUUCGGCUGCCCGAAACCCAUACUUUGCAAGUACCCGGUUCAGAGCGGCGAUCAGGGUUUCUUGUGCAUCGUUGAACAAGUUGGCACACUCCACGGCGUCAGAAACCUCCAAGUCUAGGUGAUCAUCCGAAACGGCACUAAAGAUCACAUUCAAAUUGCCAGUGGUUGUGUACCGUACACAGCAAGCAUGAGCCACAAUGUUGGCUGAAAUCUCAAUGUCCAGCUUGUCACGCUUAUUGUAGAGCUCUUGCAUUUUUUCAAUGUGAUCUGCUGUGAUGCGACUCAUAGGCAUGGGUUCUUCUAGGUGGGCAAAUUCCACUUUGAUUCUAGAAGGGUCUGCUGUGUCAAAUCCAAAGUACAUCAACUCAUUCAAGAGACUCUCUUUGGAAACUUGUCCUGAGGCUGGCAAGAUCACUUGACCAUCUCGCAUAUAAUCCAGCACAAACUUGAAUCUACCACCAUCACGUUCCACAAAGAUCUCAAUAUGGGGAUUUCUUUGCCAGGUUGCCGAUGCCAUUCUAGCUAGCACUGUGUCCUGGUGCUGUGACAGGAGGGACCGUGAGACCUCAUACUUUGUCCCACCAACAUUGAAGCGGACAGUAAGGGAUAAUCCUUCUUCUCUGGAUUCUGACGCCAUGGAUGCCUCGUCUUGUUUUGCACUGUCAAACUAUGAAAGCCAAGGCGCCAGAAGGUGCCGAGGACGCAGCUUGUCAUUGGCUUGGUCUGACUUUCUUGGCAUUGGCGCCUGAUUUGUCCGUUCAUUCGUGGAUAGUUUUACUGGGCAAGACUGCGACCUUUUCCUGCGUUUUGACCCGUGUUCCCCUCAAGCAAAAUGUGGAGUUUGGC